AUGCACCCCAGGCUGGUACGGGGCAGUGUGGGCAGCAAAGGUGGCUGUUCCCGCAGUGCUGGGGAUGGCAACGUGGCUUUGCUGUCCAGGCACCAGCUGGGAUGCACAGAGCUUUCUGUGCAGCUGCCCGGGAGGGAGGUGAAUUCGUUAUACUGCCCACCGACGGGGCGGCUGGGGACGCAGCGGUGUGACCGGGGCUUUGCUGCGGGGCUGCAGAGCGCUCCCAGCGCGCUCCGUGUCCAGCUGCGCUACGUGCUGGUGGGUGACAUGAUGCUUCUCAAAACUGCCAGUGUCUCAGGGAUUUAUCUCUGGCAUCUCUCCAGCCCUUCUGGCCACAGAAGGAGGAGGGAAGGCCGCUCUUCAUCCAACCCAGCAGGACAUACUGCUCCCACUGAUGACCUCCACACUCUGAUUUUUCUCUCCUUCUGGAUUUCAGAGAAAUAUUGCCCCGUGUUCACCGUCUAUUUGGGGUUUCAGAAGGUGGUGGUGCUGACCGGAGUAAAGGACGCCCUUCUGAACACGGUGGAUGUGUUUGCGGACAGACCAGCUAUACCCAUAUUCUAUCACAUCCAACAUGGAAAUGGUGUGUUCUUUUCUUCUCAAGAGCUCUGGAGGACGACACAGCGGUUCACCAUAGCCACCAUGCGAGAUCUUGGCAUGGGGAAGCAUCUUGGAGAAAAAUGGAUGCUUGAGGAGCUUCACUUUCUCAUCGAGUUGAUCAAAUCUUUCAAAGGUGGACCUUUCCAGUUACGAUUUUUGAAUAUGGCUCCCACCAACAUCACCUUUGCUAUUCUCUUUGGGAGAAGGUUUGAUUAUGGAGACCGAACGUUUCUCACUCUAAGACUCAUAGAUGAAGUUAUGCACCUUCUUGGCUUUCCGUUCUUGCGUUUAUUUAAUUUCUACCCGUUCCUUGGAUUUCUCCUCAAACCUCACAAGAUGAUACUGAAAAAAGUAGAAGAGGUGUGUGUGAUCUUAAAGAAGUGCAUCAAGGAAAGCAAAGAAAGAAUUAAUGAGAACAGCCUGACGAGCUACAUCGAUGCAUUAGUAUGAAAACAAGAGGAGGAAAAUAAAAACAAUACACUUUUUCACGAUGCAAAUGUACUGGCCUCUGCGCUCGACCUGCUCAUGGCUGGCACUGAGACAACCUCCGCGACGUUGCAAUGGGCCAUCCUGCUGCUGCUGAAGUACCCUGAGAUUCAAAAAAAGGUGCACGCAGAGAUUGAGCAAAAUCUUGGCCCUCUCUGCUUGCCUGCCUUUGAGGACUGGAAAAACAUGCCAUUUACCAACGCAGUGAUUCAUGAGGUGCAGAGAUUUGUCAUCCCCCUGCCACAUGUUCCACGGUGCACCUCUGCUGACACCCACUUUAAAGGCUACUUCAUCCCCAAGGGAACAACGGUGAUUCCUCUGCUCACCUCUGUGCUGCUGGAUAAAAUGCAAUGGGAGACACCAGAUGAGUUCAACCCCAACCAUUUCCUUGAUGCAGAUGGGAACUUUGUAAAGAAGAAAGCGUUCCUGCCCUUCUCCACAGGGCGGAGAAACUGUGUUGGAGAAAGUCUUGCCACGAUGGAGCUCUUCAUCUUCACAGGCUUGAUCCAGAAAUUUACUUUUAAGCCUCCACCUGGGGUCAAAGAAUCUGAGCUGGACACAACUGCAGAAGCUGGACUCACCAUGAGACCCCAUCCACAGUGUGUCUGUGCUGUGCUGCACCAACAAGCCCAAGGCUCUGAACUGAGAAAAAUCCACAUAAUUGUUUUCUGCAGAGCGUAG